GUAGUGCCUACUCUGUUACUUUGAUACGUGUGCCGUGUUAUAGGUACACAAAACGUCCUACAAUCACAGUCCACAGGCGUAUAAUAUGAAAUAAGUACCUACGUAAACACGUACCUAUAAUAACCAUAUAAUACUAUCACCGUUUGAAAUGCAUAGUUAUAAUGUAUAGAUUUCAUUGAAACUGAUAAACCAUUAAUUACGUGUAGGUACGUAAAUGUAUUAGGAAAUGUAAACAAAUUAAGCACUACUCGUAGUUCAAACAAGUUCGCUUUGGCAUUCCGGUAUAUUUUAUCGCAAAAACUUAUCGGCACCGUACGUUUUUAGGUUAAUAAAGAUUUUUCUAAAAAAACCAAAACAAAAUUAUAUCAGUAUUCAAGUAUAAAAACCGUAAAAAAAAAAAUGACUAGGAAACGAUUAAAAAUUACACCAGAGUUGGAGAACAAUAGAAUUGAGGAAGCGAUAACAUUAAAUAAUAUGACGGAACAAAAUCGUAACACUCAGUCACAAAAUGUCAGCCAUAUUGGUGCAUACUCGUCGUUGUAUACAAUAAGUCAGAUAGUUGGAUUACUACUUAUAUUUUCUGUAUUUUAUUGGAUUAUCAAUUUCCGAGGAGGAUUUGGAUUUACUGAAGCCAAAAUCAUAUUCAACUGGCACCCACUGUUUAUGACAAUUGGUUUUAUUUAUUUAUUUGCAAAUUCUAUUCUUCAUUAUAGAACAUUCCGCAGUUUAAAAAAACGAGAUUUGAAAAAUCAUCAUGCAAUUAUUCAUGGUUGUAUAAUUGUUCUUGUAUUACUCGCUGGUUGGGCUUCUUUUGCUUCUCAUAUGUAUAGUAAUCCUCCUAUUCCAGAUUUGUAUAGUUUACACAGUUGGUUGGGUGUUGUUACCAUUUCAAUGUUCCUCUCUCAGUUUGUAAGUGGAUUUGUGUCCUUCUUGUUUCCUGGAAUAGCUGCCCAAUAUAAGGAAGCUGUAAUGCCUUAUCACAUUUUCUUUGGAGUUUUCAAUUUUAUAUUGGCAAUUGCUACUUCAGUCCUUGGAUUCAGUGAAAAAUUAUUUUUUGUUUUGGAAGACAAAUAUAAAACUUAUCCAAAAGAAGGAUUGUUUGGCAAUUUUUUGGGCUUACUAUGUGUUUUUUACGGUGGAUUAAUAGUGUUCAUGGUAACAAAACCAGAAUUUAAGAGACAACCUAAACCUGAAGACGGUGUGCUGCUAACUGGAGCUUUGGAAUAACUGAUAUAUUUAGAAUAUUUAUUUAUUUAGUAACUGGUAAAAACAUAAUUUAUUUGCAAAUAUAUGGGGAUAUUUUAUUUUUCCAUGGCUUAUGCUCUAUUAAUAAGUAAAUCUAAUUUUGAUAUUUUUUAAUUAUAUUUUGUAAAUUUUAUGUUAAAACAAUUUUUUUUUCAAAUAUUUGUUUAACACUUACGUAUUUACUGAUGCAUUUUUUAUUUUUAUUUUUUAUUAUACAAAUAAUAAUUUUUUAAUAUUCUAAGUUUUCUCAGGUCUGGCUCAAGCAAAAAUAGGGCACCAGGCAAAAUCAAAUUUUGCCGCUUCUAAAAUAAUAAUAUUAUCAAUGUUUUAAAAAUGUGCCCUUUUACUAAAGUGCCAUCCUAGGGGUGGACAUAUGUCGCCUACCCCCCGAGCCGGGUCUGAGUUUUCUUACAAAAACAAUUUUUUUUUUUCAUUAAAAUAUACUUGAAGAAUUUACUGAAAGUUAUUUUUGUUAUUUACAAAUAAGUGUGGAUAAUUAUGAAAUUCCAUUGUAUAAUUUGAACUAUUAAUUAUAUCGUUGCCAAUUGUUUUUUAAA